GCGCAGCCGCAGCCUCCCGCCCGGGGCGGGGCACACAGUCGCAGUGGCACGGCGGGCGCGAUGGCCGCGUGGGGCGAGCGGCUGGCCGGCGUGCGCGGGGUGCUGCUCGACAUCUCGGGCGUCCUGUACGACAGCGGCGAGGGCGGCGGCAGGCCGAUCGCCGGCUCCGUGGAGGCCGUGGCGAGGCUGAAGCGCUCAGGGCUGAGGGUGAGGUUCUGCACCAACGAGUCGCAGAAGUCCCGCGGGCGCCUGGUGGGCGAGCUGCGCCGCCUGGGCUUUGACGUCUCCGAGGCCGAGGUGACCGCCCCGCCCCCCGCCGCCUGCCGCCUCCUCCAGGAGCGAGGCCUCCGGCCACACCUGCUGGUCCACGACGAAGUCCGCUCAGAAUUCGAUCAGAUUGACACAUCCAACCCAAACUGUGUGGUCAUUGCGGACGCGGGAGAACACUUUUCCUACCGGAACAUGAACAGGGCCUUCCAGGUGCUCAUGGGGCUGGCGGACCCCGUGCUCAUCUCCCUGGGGAAGGGGCGCUACUACAAGGAGACCUCGGGCCUGAUGCUGGACGUCGGCGGCUACAUGAAGGCGCUCGAGUACGCCUGCGGCGUCGAGGCCGAGGUGGUGGGCAAGCCCUCCCCGGAGUUCUUCAGGUCGGCCCUGCGGGAGCUGGGCGUGGAGGCCCACCAGGCCGUCAUGAUCGGAGACGACAUUGUGGGCGACGUCGGCGGGGCGCAGCGGUGCGGGAUGCGAGCGCUGCAGGUGCGGACCGGGAAGUUCAGGCCCAGCGACGAGCACCAUCCCGAAGUGAAGGCUGACGGGUACGUGGACAACCUCGCGGAGGCCGUGGACCUGCUGCUGCUGCACGCGGACAAGUGACAGGCCUUCGGGGACGGUCCCCAGCCCCCUGGCACCACCCACCCACGCACCAAGUGCCCAGACCAACCCAGGCUCUGCCCUCACCCUCCACAGCAGGCGAGGGGCCCAGCCAGACAGUGUGGGUGACCAGCCCUUCCUCUCUCCCUCCCCGCCCCCUCCCCGGUGGCCUGCUCCCUGCCCACACAGCCCUGUGAAGCCAGGAGAGUGGGCUAGGCCUCCAGAGAAGAAAAACCCCCGGGCAUGGGCUGGGGUACCCCGGGAAUACAGGAACCCCCAAGUGCACGUGCUCUCCAGGGGCACCGGGUCCUGUAGAUGCUCCUCCACCUGGGCCCCAGGCAGGUCCCGGCCUCGGAGCCUGGAGGACACGGGCCUUCCCUCAGCCCACCCAGCCCCAGCUGAGCCAGCCCCUGCCCGGACUCAGAGUGGCCACUCAGCACCCCCCUGCCCCCCACACACACCCCUAACGCAGCACACUGUCCUGUCCCCACUAGUCACCUGUGGAGCCCAAAGCUGGGGCAGCUCCCAGGGGCCUUUGGAGCAGCGCUCGCCAACCAGUGGGCCGUGGACCCCUGGUGUCCAUGAGGUCCGAAAGGUUGGCGACCUGCUUAGGAGGCCCAUGUGCUGCAGAGCGAGAAUGGUCACCACUGGGAUGGGCUGCAGGCAGAGGGCACUUCCUGGAGCCAUAACUCCAUAGACUCGAGCGUCACACCCACGGUGUGCAGGACACUAACCAUGAAAUAAACCACCCGGCCUGUGGCGA